AUGGGUGUUGAAGGUUUACAAGUUUUUAUUAAAAAGCGUUACAACUUAUAUAAACCUUUACCCAAUAAUUUUCAUACCGAUCAUAUUUACAUUGAUGUUAAUAAUUAUUUACACAAAACAAUAACUAAAAAACCAAAUAUUCAAAAUGUAGAAAUAAACGCUUUAAAAAGAUUAAAACAUUUUUUAAACGAAAUUAUUUAUUCAACAAAAAUUAGACAUACAAUAUUCUUUUCAGUAGAUGGGCCAGGUCCCCGUUCUAAAAUGACUACUCAAAGAGAAAGAAGAUUAAAAAAUUUAAAUUUACACAAAUUGUUAUAUUAUAUUAAUAAAAAUAGAGAUGAGGAAACAGGAGAAAAUGAUAUCAAUUUAUUAAAACAUGACUAUGACUAUUUAGAAGGUUUGGAACUGAAUGUGGGAUUCUCAACUUUAAAUUUUACACCAGGUACCAGUUUUAUGGGUCUUUUAAAAUCAUUUUUUAUAUACUAUACAAAAAACAAGUUAUCAUUUGCAAAGAAUGUUUUCAUUUCAGCCGCUGAUAGAAUGGGUGAAGGUGAAUGGAAAAUAUUUCAACAUAUCAAUAACUCCAAUUAUAAUUUAAAUGACAUUAUUACAAUUGCAUCAAAUGAUUCAGAUAUGAUAUUAUUUUGUUUAUUAUCAAAGUACAAUAAUAUUCAAAUUUUAAAUAAAGAAUCAAAUCAAGUACUUUAUGUUAAUCAGUUAAGAGAAGCUAUUUAUAAAGAAAGCGGUAUCAACGAUAGACAAGCAAUCAUAGAUUUUGUAUUAUUAUCUUUUUUGAUGGGCACUGAUCACUUACCAAAAGUAUCAUCAUUCAAAAUGCAAAAUGGGUGGAAUGAAUAUUGCAAAUUAAAGAAACCACUUUAUAAUCAAGAAACCAAGUUAUUUAAUUAUGAAAAUUUAUCUCAAGUUAUU